AUGAACAGGAAAUUGGCGUUCGACAAUCGUCUGUGCUACGAGCGCGAUGUGAUCCGACAGCAAGCGCGACAUCAGCGCAAGCUCGAGCAAAUGGUGCCUACCUGCCACUCUCCAUCCAAAGUUUACAUGGACAGUAAUGCGCCCGCUCCUCAUCCUCAUUUGGCCAUAAAUGCCAAGCGCCAGCAGAUCGAGAGAGACCGACAGCUCGACAUUUACCACCAGAACCAGCGUCUUGCCAAUAAGAUGGUGCAGAUCAUGAGCCGCCAAGAGAAUAUCGUGCUGGCCGCAUCCUCGCGAUCGCGACUUCCUCGACGAAAACCUGGUGAGGCCUUGAUACCGCAGUCGACAGCUCGAGUCCAGACUCCAGCAGCGUCCCAUUCGCCUCAAAAACCCGUGCACAGUCCAGCCCACAUGCACAUGCCUGGAAUUCGACUUGAUGCCACGCAGACGCCUCUUUUGGACUGUCAUUUGUCGCCCGAGAACGCAAUAAGUCGCGGCGACGCCUGCAAGAAGCCCUCUCUUGUGAACCGAGCUGUCCGAAAGCGCCGACAGAACGCGAUCGACCAAGAGAAUCGCCGUCUGAAGGAGCGACUGGCGCAUCUGAAGCCGUACUACAACACGAAGAAAUGGGACGGCGAGUGGCAGCAACACGCCCACAAGUUCAGCCACAUGCAUCAAGACGGAACUGUGGGCUACUUGCUACCGAGAAGUCCAUCCAAGAGGAUGGCUCCACCUUCGCGUGGCGGGUCCGAACACGUUCGGGACUUGCCGCCGUGUUUGCUGAUGGAGGCCACGACCAGACAAGGCGUCGAGGUCGCUGUGGACGAGCUACAAAUCGAGCUGACUCGUUCCGACAUCGCAGAGCUUGGCGAUCGCGGUCUGAUGGUCCACGCAUCCUGGAACGAUGGCACCUCCGGUGACCUGCUGGUGAACCACGAUGCGCUGGUGCAGGUGGCUCAGAUUGUGGAUGACCUAGAGAUCAUGAUUAAACUCGAGACGGUCUCACAGAUUCCUUCAGCGGAGGGAAAUGUUCCCAGCUUGUCAACUCUAUUGACCGAUGACGAGCUGCAGAAGUUACUAGUCGGCGUGGUGCAACAACUGCGCUUCCAGGUGGCCCCGACCGCACCAGACACAUCACCGAGACCUCAGCUCGUCAUUUCAUGGGCAUUGUCUGUGCGAAAUGGCGGCAGAAAAGCUGACGUGUCCCGCUCCGCACGAGAGAGAUCGCGGCCACGUACAUGUCCGUCAACGAUUGCCAGCGAAAACGCGUGUCAGCGACAUAAUCCGGCGAUGCAAGAAGAUGAUUAUGCAGAUGACUUUAACGAAGUGACAUCCCGUGAGAGAAUGGAGCCAGAUGGUUUCGAGACUGACUGGGCCGUUCGAUACAAGGUGGCUGCUCUCCUGAAUCUCGAGGGGCGACGGUGGCGAACUGUUUUACGCAAAGACGCUACGUUCUACUUGGUCUCCUCGUGGUUCAACGAAGAAACACGGAUACAGACAAUUAAAGCAACUGGCGUUGGAAGCCAAGCAGGCGACGUCGAGGUGCCAGUAGUGCAGAUCACGUAUAACUCCACAGAGGCAGACGAAAUACUGGAGCAGUUAGAAGCGGGUUCCUUAACUGUAUCAGAACUUGUAGCGAGGACUGUCACCCCGCUUCUUCCUUGA